CACCGUCGCUUGUGUGAAGAGAGACAGCGGCUAGGCCUCAAAAGGCAAACACUCGAGGCUCGCAUUGCUCGGGUGGAGAGGAAGAUACGGGAUUUGGAAAGUGACCCCUUUCAAUGGGAAUGGCGGAACUUUGAUUCUGUCGCUAAGAUCCCGAAGAUGCUCCGGAUGUAUCUCCGUGCUAAAGGAGUUCCGGGUCCCGUGAAUGUUCCGGUCCAUACCGUUCCAUCCGAUAGCGAGGAAGAAGACGAGGAGGAGACCAGCACCAGUCGGAAACGCGUUCGGGAUCAUCCCGAAGUGGAUGCCAAGAACAAGGCGUCCACUUCGAAAACUAAACCGGCGAUGAAGGAGCCUGUUCCUGAGCCUCUUCCAUAA